AUGACAAUCACAUCUAUCUCUCCCAUCGUGAACGAACGUCGGUUUUCUACGCCUCCCCCAGGCGGCGCACCACGAAUCUAUCCUGCGCCCGAUUUUCCUUUCAAGGGAUGGCAGCCUCCGCAGCCGGAGGGCUACCGACAGAGCGCUGCUACUCCGAGUGAGAGCGCCAUCAUCAUUGACAAUGGUGCCCAUACCAUCAAAGCUGGAUUUUCUUUCGAGAAGAACCCCCACCUCCUCGUCCCUCCGAUCGUGGCCAAGUACAAAGACCGCAAAUACAACAAAUACUGCGCGUUCGUUGGGUACGAUGCCUAUGCUGAUGCGACGACCCGUGGCCAGAUCAGAACUGCCUUUGAGCAGAACACCAGCAUUCCGACCAACUGGGACAUCAUGGAGGGCAUCUAUGAUUACCUCUUUCUCAAACUCGGGGUGGAUAACGAUGGCAGCGUGGACCGGCCAUUGGUCAUUACCGAAACCGUCGCAAACUUGGGUCAUAGCCGGAGGAUGAUGAACGAGAUGCUUUUUGAGUGUUACCGCGUCCCGAGUGUCACCACUGGCAUCGACAGCCUCUUUUCCUAUCGAUACAACAAAGGCCAGUCUGGACUCAUUGUGUCCUCUUCCCACACUUCAACACAUGUCAUUCCGGUCUUGGAUCGAAAGCCGCAGAUGCAGUCAUGUACGCGCCUGAAUUGGGGAGGCUCCCAGUCUCAAGAUUUCCUGCUGAAGCUCCUGCGUCUGAAGUACCCGACGUUCCCCGGGAAGAUGACCACAGAGCAGAUGGAGACCUACAUCAAGCAAUACUGCUACCUAUCAAAGGACUAUGUAUCCGAAGUCUCGACCUACCUGGACUGGUCAGGCCUCGAGGAGGAGCGUGACAUUAUCAUUCAAUACCCUUACACCGAACAAGUCGUGGUGGAAAAAUCCGCCGAAGAGCUGGCCAGGAUCGCGGAACGGAAGAAAGAGUCCGGCCGACGUCUUCAAGAACAAGCUGCAAAGAUGCGCUUGGAGAGGCUGAUCAGAAAGGAGCAGGAAUUGGAAUACUAUCAGCAUUUGCACCAGUCCUACCUAGAAGCCCCCACCAAAAAAGAGCAACGCCGAAUUCUCGACGAUGAAGAGUUCAAGGAUGAAGCCGCCCUUGAACGAGUGAUCAGAGAUCUGGACAAAUCAAUCCAGAAGUCGAGGAAUAAAGAUCUUGGUGCUCCGGAAGAGGAAGAGAAGCUCGAAGAACAGUUGAACAAAUUUCCCUUGCUCGACACACCGGAUGACCAACUGGACGAGGACGGACUCAAAGAGAAGAGGCAUCAGAGGUUGAUGAAGUCCGGAGUGGAAGCCAGAAUCCGAGCCAAAGCCGAGAAGGAGCGUGAAAGGGCGCGAGCUGCAGAAGAAGAAAGACGGGACAUUGAGAUGCGAGAGACGCGUUUUGAUGUAUGGCUCCAGGGUCGUCGGCAACAGCGGGACCAACUUCUCGCGAAAAUCAAGGAGCAAGCAAGGCAGAAGGCGGACUCUGGAAACCGCAAAGGCAUGGCUUCGCAGAUGCGAAUGAAGACAUUGGCCAACUUGGCUGCUGAUGGGCCCAAGCGGAAGCGUAGAGGUGGAGGAGAAUAUGACGAUGAUUUCGGGGCCAACGACGACGACUGGGGAGUGUAUCGGACCGUGGCCACGGAACCUGCGAGCGACGACGAUGAGCCUGAGGAUGAUCCAUUGACGGUGCUGAAAGCUGUUGAGAGCGAGCUUCUUCAAUUUGACCCCGAGUUCUCGGAGAAGGAUACGAUUGAAGCACAGAACGACUGGACGAAGAGCGUGUUACACGCAUUCCUGCGCGGCGCAAGACCUGCUGAUCCGGAAAGCCAGCGGGAAGCGAAUCAGAUCCACCUGAAUGUCGAACGGAUACGGGUACCCGAGGUCGUCUUCCAACCCGCAAUUGCUGGAGUCGACCAGGCCGGUCUGGUUGAGGUGAUUGAGGGCAUCGUCAUGGGACGGUUUUCCGAUCCCAACCAACAGAAGGCGCUCUUGAAGGACGUGUUUCUGACCGGUGGAAAUACCAUGUUUACCACGUUCGAGGAACGACUCCAAAGAGAGCUCACUGCAGCCAUGCCGGAUGCCUUCCCCAUCAAUGUCCGCAAGGCAAGCAAUCCCAUCUUUGACGCGUGGAGGGGAGCAGCUAGUUGGUGGAACAACCCAGACACCCCGAGCCGUGAAGCUGCGACUGUCACCCGUGCCGAGUAUCUGGAGAAAGGAAGUGAUUACAUCAAGGAACAUGAGCUUGGGAACUUUGUGUCGCCGUCUUUGGGAUUUGCAUCAUGA